CGGCAGGCGGUGCGGCGGCGGCGGGUGCGGGAUGGCGGCGCUGGGCGCGCUGGUGAAGAAGGCGUGGAGCGUCCGGCGCUACGUGGUGCUGCUGGCCGCGCCGCUGGCACUGGUGCCCAUCCUGCUCAGCCUGCCCCCCAAGGAAGGAAGAUGUCUCUACGUGAUCCUGCUGAUGGCCCUGUACUGGUGCACGGAGGCACUGCCCUUGGCUGUGACAGCCCUGCUGCCCAUCGUCCUCUUUCCCUUCCUGGGGAUCCUCCCCUCUAACAAAGUUUGCCCACAAUAUUUUUUAGACACCAAUUUCCUCUUCCUCAGUGGUUUAAUCAUGGCCUCGGCCAUCGAGGAGUGGAAUUUACACCGCAGGAUCGCCCUCCGGGUCCUCAUGCUGGUGGGAGUCCAGCCAGCCAGACUGAUUUUAGGGAUGAUGUUGACCACGUCUUUCCUGUCCAUGUGGCUAAGUAACACAGCCUCCACUGCUAUGAUGCUUCCAAUUGCCAAUGCCAUUUUAAAAAGCCUCUUUGGGGAGAAAGACACCUCUAAGGAUAUGAACAGGGAAAAUGAAGAAAACCAAGCAUCUUUACAGCAGAAUAAACUUUACACUGUACCAACUGAGAUGCAGUUUCUGGCAAGUACUGAGGACAAAGACCUCUCAGAGGAGAAGGAGAUGACCAGUGAUGCUCUCUCAGACUUGAAGAAGGAGGAGGAAUACAAAACAAACAUAUGGAAAGGGUUCCUCAUCUCCAUCCCCUACGCCGCCAGCAUCGGAGGGACAGCAACGCUGACCGGCACUGCACCAAACCUCAUCCUGCUGGGGCAGCUGAAGAGUUAUUUUCCAGAAUGUGAUGUGGUGAACUUUGGUUCUUGGUUUAUGUUUGCAUUUCCUUUAAUGCUGAUUUUUCUUCUCAUGGGAUGGCUGUGGAUCUCCAUCCUGUAUGGAGGAAUUAACCUCAGGGGCUGGAGAACAAAAAAGUCAAAUAUAAGAGUGGAUGCAGAAGCCCGGGCCAGAGAAGUGAUAAAGGAGGACUAUCAGAAACUGGGUCCAACAAAGUUUGCAGAACAAGCAAUUUUCUUCUUCUUCUGUGUGUUUGCCAUCAUGCUUUUCUCCAGGGAUCCCAAAUUCAUUCCAGGUUGGGCCAGCUUGUUUGCACCAGGGUUUAUCUCGGAUGCAGUUACAGGAAUCACCAUUGUCAUUAUACUCUUCUUCUUCCCUUCACAAAAACCUUCCUUCAGGUGGUGGUUUGACCUGAAAGCACCCAACACUGAGAUGCAGCCCUUGCUGACCUGGAGGAAGGCCCAAGAGACAGUGCCCUGGAACAUCAUCCUGCUGCUAGGAGGGGGCUUCGCCAUGGCAAAGGGCUGUGAGGAGUCUGGUUUGUCUGUCUGGAUAGGAGGCCGCCUGCAUCCCUUGGAGGGUGUACCACCGCCCGUGGCUGUCAUCCUCAUCACCAUUGUCAUUGCCUUAUUCACAGAGUUUGCCAGCAACACAGCCACUAUCAUCAUCUUUUUGCCUGUCUUGGCAGAGCUGGCCAUUCGUCUGAGGGUAAACCCUCUCUAUUUAAUGAUACCAGGAACCAUAGGCUGCUCCUAUGCAUUCAUGCUGCCAGUCUCAACACCCCCCAACUCCAUUGCAUUUUCUUCUGGACACCUGAUGGUGAAGGACAUGGCAAGAACUGGGUUGCUCAUGAAUCUUAUGGGAGUUCUGCUUCUUAGCUUGGCUAUGAACACGUGGGCCAAGACCAUCUUCCAGCUGGGAACCUUCCCUGCAUGGGCCAACAUCCAUGCAGAAAAUGCCACCUCAGUCUUGCCAGCUGUAGAAAAUGUCACUUUAAGUGCACUAAAUAAAAUAUGAACAAAGCCACCCCUGGGGAAGGACUCACUCACUUAGGACUUGGGCACUGGAAUCGUCAGAGUGUGCACAGGAGAGCCCCAUGGCUGCCCACACUGUGUGGGACCCUCUGGUUUCAUUUGACUUUCAGAAAUCCUGGUCAGUGUCACAACAUCCAUUUGUUAUUGUCUCUGAGGAGCUUUCCCCACCUUCCACAGGCACCAGUCAGACUCCCCCAGCGUCCAUCUGUCGGAGGUGGUGGUUGUUAACUGGACAACCCUGUAAAUGUUGAGCAUCUUUGGGUAGAUGCUUCUCCCCCCCCAUAUGAAAGCUGGCAAGCUUUGCUGCUCUAGCUUCUGACACCCUACCUCAUGCUGGAGAGUAGCCCUGGGGACAGGCUGGAGGUAACUGGAUUAUUUAAGUGCAACCCAGUGUGAGUGAACACCUCUGAACCUUGCUAGGGGGGAAGGUGUUUGUGGCUGGGUGCUCCUAGCAGGAUGUGAAGGAUGGGGUCUCGUUACCAUCUCAGGAGCAAUUCUCUCCUGCAGGAUGAAGACAUUUCUUCAGGUUUGUGUGUGAGAGGGUGAUUCAGGAGGUGUGUCAGUAGGACCUGGUGCACUGCUCCAAGCCUUGGAAACAGGCAGGCAGCAGAUUGUUUCCCAACAUGUUCAAUGUUUGGAAAGCCUGGGGCAAUAAUUACUGCCUGGUUCUUUGCAUUGAGGGCACAGGUUG